AUGUCUUUUUUGAUGACAUUUUGUACUUUAGUCGUCCGAGUAUUUUGCUUUCCCUUGCACCUGCUGGACGCUGUGGGCUUGUACAAACACUACAAACGUAUCGUUCCGUUGUUAUUGUUUCGGAUCACUAAACUGUACAACAAGAAGAUGUACGAGAGAAAGAAGGAGCUGUUCGCAUGUCUGUCCGAUUUCAAACAGUCCGGACAAAAUCUCACUAUUUUGGAGAUCGGCUGCGGCACUGGCUCCAAUUUCCAUUUUUAUCCGAGCGGUUGCAAGGUGAUCUGCACGGACAACAACGUGCACUUUGAGAAGUACCUGCGCAGGAACAUGCGCGAGAACCCGCACGUCACGUAUGAGAAGUUCAUGGAGACCUCGGCGGAGGACAUGAGGUCAUUUGAGGACUCGUGCGUAGACGUGGUGGUGUGCACGCUGGUGCUUUGCUCCGUGGACAAUGUCCCAAAAACUCUGAAGGAGGUGCAACGCGUUCUGAGGCCUGGCGGAGCGUUCUUUUUUCUCGAGCACGUUGCCGCAGAGCCGUCAUCAUGGACAUAUUUCUUCCAGAGCAUCUUGAAGCCGUUGUGCUACUACAUCGGUGAUGGAUGCGAGGUCACCCGGGCAACAUGGACACAUCUGGAGGCUGCUGGCUUCUCUGACCUCAAACUAAGACAUAUAAAAGCGCCACUCAUCUUCUUCAACAAACCACACAUCAUGGGCUAUGGUGUAAAAUAG